ACACCAGCCUGCCAGCAGCCGGCUGCCUCUCUAAGAAGAACGGGAACCUCCUCUCCCUCAAGACAAAAAGAAAGAAGAAGGGAAAAGUUCACACCAUGGACACCAAUGGCUUCUCCAACGGGGGCAGCACCCAGGGAAAGCCCAUCAAGUGCAAAGCGGCGGUGGCGUGGGGUCCGAGCGAGCCGCUGGUGAUGGAGGAGGUGGAGGUGGCGCCACCGGAGCGCAUGGAGGUGCGCAUCAAAGUCCUCUUCACCUCCAUCUGCCACACCGACCUCAGCUUCUGGAAAGGAGAGAACGAGCUCCAGCGCAGAUUCCCUCGCAUCUUCGGCCACGAGGCGUCCGGAGUGGUGGAGAGCGUGGGCGAAGGAGUGGAGGACCUUGUGCCCGGAGAUCACGUAGUCCCCAUCUUCAACGGGGAGUGUGGGUCGUGCGCCUACUGCAACUCCACGGCGACCAACCUCUGCAAGUCUGCGCGCGUCAACCCGUUCAAGAGCACCAUGACUCUCGACGACGGCACGAGGUUCUCCGUCGUUGAUCAGUCGACGGGCGCACGCCGGCCGGUCUACCAUUUCCUCAACACCUCCACCUUCGCCGAGUACACCGUGCUCGACUCCGCCUGCGCCGUCAAGAUCAACCCGGCGGCCCCCCUCGAGAAGAUGUGCCUUCUGAGCUGCGGCAUCUCAACCGGAAUUGGAGCAGCAUGGAACACUGCAAACGUGUCCAAGGGGUCCACUGUGGCGAUAUUCGGACUUGGCGCUGUUGGUCUUGCGGUUGCUGAAGGCGCCAGGAUAAGAGGGGCAGCCAAGAUCAUUGGUGUGGAUAUCAACCCUGAAAAGUUCACCAAAGGAAAAGAGAUGGCAAUCACCGAUUUCGUCAACUCAAAGGCGUGCGGCAAGCCUGUCCACGAGGUUAUCAGGGAGAUGACGGAUGGGGGCGUCGACUACAGUUUCGAGUGCACCGGCAUCCUCGAUGUUCUACGAGAGUCCUUCGUUUCUACACACGACGGGUGGGGAUUGACCGUGGUGCUAGGGAUUCAUCCGACGCCAAGAACACUGCCACUGCAUCCCAUGGAGCUCUUCGAUGGCCGUCGGAUCGUGGCUUGUACCUUCGGUGACUUCAAGGGCAAGACACAGCUUCCGCUCCUCGUCGACCAAUGCAUGCAAGGGGAGGUUAAGAUAAACUUUGAUGGCUUCAUAACCCAUGAGAUGCCAUUUUCUGAGAUCAGAGAGGCUUUCCGGCUGCUGGAGGAAGGCAAGUCCUUGAGGUGUGUGCUACGUCUGUAGUGAGGCCCGCGAGGAACUAAACAAUAAAUACGCUCUAAUGGUGAAAUUUGUUGUACUUGUUACUACCAUGUGUGUUGUACAUCUUGUAGAAAUUUGUACUGGAAGUUAAAUUUCGCUCAAAGAAGGCAACCUUUUUUUUU